AUGGCACCUCCGAGCGGCGCAGCCUCGUACAAGAAGAAAGACGGCACCUUGACCGUAAGCGAUGACGAGCAAACGCUUACCUGGACGCCAGCUGCCGCUGGCGCUGCCGGUCUCACAAUCACCGUGGCCAGCAUUACAAAUCUACAACAGACCCCCGCUACGAGUGCGAAAGUGAUGCUCAAAAUCUUUGCAGUCGCUUCGAACGUCUCGCCUAAUACCUCGCCGGAUGCAUAUGUGUUCCUAUUCACCGCCGCGACGGGUGCCCGCGCCCAGGCCGAUGCCAUCAAAGAAGUCCUUAGUGCCCGGGUCAAUGCGCUGAAAAAUGGUACGCCUGUCGCAACCCCGACUCCAAGCGGGAGUGGAGGAGGCAUGUCUGCUGCCAUGGCCAUUGCGAAUGCCGUCUCUUCUGGAGCGUCGUCGAAGAAUCCGUGGGACGACGAUAACCGGCUAAAAGGGGACGUCGAGUUGCAGCAGUCGUUGCUGAAAGCUGAUUCCACGCUGCAGCGGAUGUUCAUGGACUCGCUCCAUACCAAGCCGGAGACAUUGACGGCGGCGCAGUUCAUGUCGCAGUUCUGGUCGACGCGGCUGCAUUUGCUGCGCGCGCACGCAAUCGAGCGGGCCCAGACCCGCGGCUCAUAUAAUGUUCUCUCGUCGCUGAAGCCACGCGUGGAAGAUAAUGUGACUAGGCUGAAUAUUAGCAAGGAGCAGAUCCAGCUGAUCUUUUCGCAGCACCCGUUGGUCAAGCGGGUAUAUGAUGAGAACGUGCCCAAGCUAAGCGAGCAGCAGUUCUGGUCACGGUUUUUCCAGAGUCGUUUGUUCAAAAAGCUGCGUGGCGAGCGAAUCUCCGAAGCAGAUGCCACCGAUGCCAUUUUGGAUAAAUAUUUGCGGGAGGAAAAUACAGAGGAAAGUCGCGAGGCUAAUGUUCCUCACUUUUUGGACCUUGCUGGAAAUGAAGGCCAUAACAGCCAGCGCCGUGGAAACCGGCCAGAUCUGGACAUGCGGCCAUCUGGUGUGGAUAAGGUGCCGAUCAUUCGCACGUUGAAUAACUUGAGUGAGAAGAUUAUGGCUAAUGUUGCGCCGGCUGAUGGCGACGUAACUGCCCCCAUCGGUAUGGAUGAGGAAGCCUGGCAGAAGCUGCAAUUACGAGAUCUCCGUGGCGACGAGGAGCAGUGUCGUAUCGCUCUCAACAUUCGGGACCAGGACCGAUUCUUCUCUCAGACGCAGGAUGACGAGCAGAACCGGGCAUUUGCACAGCAAGACCCGAGUCAGAUUCUUCACGCUCUUCAAACGGAAAUAACCGAAAGCCUUCCGCUCGGCGGCUCUGUACCCCUGCAAAAGCUCGUGGACCCCGCCGAUGACGAAGACGAAGAAAUGGAGGACGCACCCGCCAGCCGCCGGCCAGUUGGAUCAUCCGCUGCCCUGCACGAUGCAUUUGCCCAAAUUCUUGGCGCAGUGCGCGAGCAACGAGAUCAAAUGAACGACGGCACCGGGUCCGAAACGCAGGGUCUCUCAGCCAGCCUGUACGACCGGCUUACGCUCACCCACGCCACGUCAACCGAAUUUCUGCACCAAUUCUGGCAAGCCUACCUCUCCGGCAACCCCGAACGUGCUGGCGAAGUCCAGUCAUUAUCCGAGUCCCUGCAGCGCGCUAUCGACCGGAUCAACGCUGUCGCGAAUGAUGCCGAAGCCGAGCGUCAGGUCGAAGUCGACCGGCUCAAGCAGCAAGCCCGUGACGCCUAUGAGCGCACGGGGCGCAAGUACAAGUUAAACCUGAGCACCAUCGAGGGUGGCGAGAAAGUGGUCACGCAACUGCUGGGCCCGACGUUGCAUGCGUUGCGGCUCGCGCUAGACCAAUAUAAAACGGCCUUGGAGGCGGAGACUAGAGAGGCUGCUGCUCUGGCCGUAUAG